AUGAGCGACGGCGGCUCGAACCUCGUACUCAGUUCGGACUCAUCCAAAACCCCCCUAUCCCCAAAGAGCCGAUCGGGCAUCAACAUGGCCGAUAGGGCACCGGGAACAGUCAUCAACAAAUAUACGGGGUGGAAGCAUGAAGUCUGGAAGGAAGACUACCAUUGCCUAGUGGGAACUGGCCCUCAGGGACACAUAAGGGGCCCAAUCAAACCGAAAAUGACGAGCCACUACCCUGUUUUUCGCUACCCGGGGGAGAGCUUCUUCGAGGGGACAACACAGGAGGUCAAGGACAAAUUUCCGAGACAUGUGAAGCUGGACGACACGAGCCUCUACCUGGUGAUCAAACUGUUCGAUGAAAAGGAACGCGCGGGUCGCUUCGAGGCCGACUUUGACCAGGCUGGCGAUGUGAGACCGGCGCGACAGCGUUUCGGCCCGGGACCACGAGUCGAGAUCGAGGGCACCCAAUACUACCCGGUGUACAAGCGCUACUACAUCAUUUGUGGGGACGACUAUGUCGCACUGCGGGAUAUCCCAAGGAUCGGGCAGGACAGCCAAAAGGAGAGAUGUAAACAAGCGAAGGAAGACCCGGGCCCGCUGUCCGUUGGCCAGGUCCCCAUUCCGAAGGCAGUUAUAGCCAACCCUCCACGGCUACUGGUCCUGCGUCAAUCCACCAAUUUCGACAGCAAUAGUCAGUCGGCUACCCCGCCCCCCGGUGAAGACUCCCUGUCCUGGCAAUGGGCAGAGGCCCGGUCAAAGGUGGCCCACGAAUGUUGGUGGGAUUCCACCGGGGACUUCACGGGAAACCCGGGUUCACCCGACAAGGGACCGGCGGGCCGGACGAGAAACCAAGCAACGUUGGGUAGGCAACCGCGAGCCGGCCGCUCUGACACGGGCGUGAAACCCAGCAAGGACGCAGAACCCCCCAACGACACAAACUCUGGCGAGGGUGUGGACUCCAACGCGGACUCUGGCGAAAGCACGAAUGCCAACAAAGGGGCAGGGGGACUCAAGGAUGCAGAGGGGGUGGCGGCCCCUGGGCCACAGCCGUCACAGGCUGCUAAGCCACCAGCAUCGGGCCCUAUCCCUGCACCAACUGGACAGUCGUCUGGGCAGCCUGGGGCUUCGGAGCGUCGGAAAGCGCUGAGGACAGCUCAGGGGAUGGCGAUCGAGAAUAACCAGUUCCUGCGACACCAGUUGGCCAAGGCUGAGGAGGUGGUCGCGGGCCUAAAAGUAGUCGCGGAACAGCAACGGCAGACGCAGCCAGCAUUGGUGAUGGCGAGGAUGGCACUCAACAAGGCCAAGGAGACGGGCGUACCAGACCAAGCCCGGGCCACGGUCGUCGAACUCAAGGAGCUCCUGGAGGCUACGCCUUUGAUCCCUGGCUCGGACCGGAUCCGGGAUGACUUGUGGUUGGAAAUCGCGGAGUUCGAGGAGGACAUGAGUCAAGAGAAUUACCGCCUCGGGGUGGUUCACAGGGGGUUCCGCAAACACGUGAAGGUCCCGAUGGGACGGGAACAAGACUGGAACCUUAUAGCCAAGCUGGAAGAAUCGGGCCCGUUCUUCUUCGAGGACGGUGCUGAGUGGCGUGGCACGAAGGUGUUGCUUAACCCCGGCGAGGACGGUGAGAGCAAGAUAUUCGGCAGGUACUUUUUCUGCAAGGAGACCCCGGAUGGGAAGUUGGACCAAGAUGACCUCAACGCUCUGGAUCGGUCGGAAUAUUACAACUUCGACUUGGUGGAGAUGUCGGACGCCGAAAAGGCCAUGACCCUGGCGCAACUUGACGUGUUCUCAGGACGCUACGUCAAGGUCGCGGAUGGGCUGCCGACGGCGAGGGAGAUCAAAUGGUCCCGCGACCGAGAUUUGUUCUUUACGGCAUCGGGCGAGCGCUUCCGGGCGCCAGGAGGAGGGAAACGCCUGGUCCCAUACAACCCUAUUCUGGGGUUUGUUCCGGACGGGGACACGCACGUGAAGGUGGACCUGCUGUCCGAACGGAAGGCAAACCACAAUACCGGCGACCCGGACCCAGACCAGAUCUCACAGGAAGUGGCAGCGGGGCGUUUCUACGACGCCGAGGGCAACUUGAAGACUGUGGUGGUGAGCACAGGGGCAAAACGAAAGGCAGGAGCCACCCAAAUGCUGGACAUCCAGGCUAUGAAAAAAGCGCGGGGGGAUACCUCGUCCUCACCGGGGGGCAUAGGCGUGCAGUGA